AUAAUUAGCUCAAUACACCGUUUGAAAUCACAACUUCCAUUCACCAAUUGAAUUCUAAGAAAAAACCCUAUGGUAUGGACUAUUUAAUUAGGCCAAAGAAAAGAAAAAUCCAAUUGAAUUCUUCAAAAGGCCUUUGGAAUGGGCUAUUUAAUUGGGGCAAAGAAAAGAAAAUUGCAGAAUGGGGCUAAGUGAUCAACUUAGCGGUACGGCUUCAGAGAGGCCCAAAAGUUGUAAUCUUUUGCCUCUGUUUUUCCUGCACAACGCGCCAAUCUAAAGCGGAAAUGGGAGCACAAAUGCACAAUUAUGCAAUUUCCCAUUUUACCUGCUACUCUUCUUCUUCUUCUAUCUGCUCACCGUUCCAUCCUAUCUACACAAACAAGCAGCUUCCAUCACUUGACCAACCUCAAUUCUCCCCUCCCUCUCGCCGCGCCCAACUGCUUGCUUAAUUCGUGAGGGAAAUUAAAUUCCAAAUGUCGGAACUGCCCAUCUGGGUAGUCAAAAUUUCUUCCCUUUGCCCAACCUUGGUCGCGCAUGGCUGCUCGCACCUCUGAGCUUCAGCUCCAGCCGGCUAACAAGUUCAUGGAAGUAUCCAACGCUUGGUCUCGGCAACCCCAUCACGUAUUCCUCACUCCGCGCUCUCUUUCUUGUCUUUUGGGUUCCAGGAAACCCUGGUCGAAGUGCACGUGCCAGCGGAUAUCCCUUGACAAUGCACGGAGAUGUAGACUCCGUAGCACUAGGAGUCGCUAUCAUUUCAGAAUUCCGGUAAUGUCUGCAAAGAAAGGCAAUGGAUGUGUUUCCUCGGAAAGACUAUGUGAGGUAGUUUGGACUAUUGAAGCUGAUUUGCCAGAUGGUCAGUCACUGUACCUUACAGGUGAACUCACUCAGUUGGGGUGUUGGCAGCCUGGUAAGGCCAUCCAAAUGUUCCCUACCGAACACUCAAAUUUGUGGAGAGCUCAAAUGAAGAUUGCCCCCGGGAACUUCAAAUAUAAUUAUUUCAUGACGAAAGAAAGGUCAAAUUUAUCUGACAUCAAAUGGAGAACGGGUCCUGAAGUUUCUUUGUCAGUACCAUUCAAUGCCAAUCAGGAUAGCAGAGUUCUGGUGAGGGAUUCAUGGAGGAAGUUUAGUACUGCAAGUCCUCCAACUCAUGGAUGGGAUUCUUGGAUAGACGAUGCAUAUCUAACUGUCCAACCAUUGCCUGCUGCUCUACCGACAGAUGAACAAGAGAAUCUGAAGAGAAUUAUGUUUGAUAUAAAAGAAGCAAUGCACUCGCCAAAGUGGAAAAUCAAGGAUACAACCUAUGAAAGAGACCAACCUAUUGAAGAGCCAUGGUUACCCCUAUCAUCCACUGUAUUUAUUGUCUAUGAAGACAAGUCUAUUCCAGAUAUAUCAGGACGUAUAGAGGAGGAUGUCUCAAAAGUGGAUGUUGACAUCCAGAAUUACAAAUCUCCAGACCGGUUGCCACCUGCAGACGUGAGCAAUCUGAUUUUGAAGGAAGAUUCAGUAUCUACCAUCAUAUUGAUUAAUUCUUCUAUAUGUACCAUGCAAAGGAUUGCUGUAUUAGAAGAUGGGAAAUUGGUUGAGUUACUGCUAGAACCAGUUAAAACUAACGUGCAGUGUGACAGUGUGUAUUUAGGAGUUGUUACGAAACUCGUCCCACAUAUGGGUGGGGCAUUUGUGAAUAUAGGAAGUCCAAGGCCUUCUUUCAUGGACAUAAAGCAAAACAGAGAACCAUUUAUAUUUCCUCCCUUUCGCCAAAGUAGCAAUAAAGAAGAGGAAAACGGUUCUGUGCUUGAAGCUUGUGAAGAAGAACAUACUGCUGCUAGUGAGAAUGAACACAUUUUACCUGAUGUUGAAGAAUUUAUCUCUAGGGGUGAUUUAGUUAAUGACGAGGAGCAUGAUAUUGAUGAUGAUUUUGACACUAUGGAAGAGAAGGAACAUCUUAAUGGGAGUGUAGUGGAUCUUGGAGAAGCAGAAGCUCACUUUGGGAAUUUCUUGGAUUUGAAAAACCAUCUGCUAGCUGAAACAACUGAUGGACCUUUCAACUCUUUGAUUUCUCAUUUACAAGAUACCAAUGCAUCAAAAAAUGGAAACAAGUGGAUCCAAGUUCGAAAAGGCACCAAGAUUAUUGUACAAGUUGUCAAGGAGGGACUGGGUACAAAAGGCCCUACAUUGACUGCUUAUCCAAAACUGAAGAGCAGGUUCUGGAUAUUGAGCACCCGGUGUGACAGAAUUGGAGUUUCAAAAAAAGUCUCAGGGGUUGAGCGAACUCGUCUAAGGGUCAUAGCGAAGACUUUGCAGCCACCAGGUUUUGGUUUAACUGUGAGGACUGUUGCUGCGGGCCAUUCCUUAGAGGAAUUGCAAAAAGAUCUAGAAGGGUUGCUGGCAACUUGGAAAAAUAUAAAGGAGGAAGCAAAAUCUUCUGCUCUUGCUGCAGAUGAAGGUGUUGAAGGGGCUAUUCCUGUGAUACUACACAGGGCCAUGGGUCAAACACUCUCUGUUGUACAGGACUACUUUAAUGAGAAGGUUCGGAAAAUGGUGGUUGACUCUCCAAGAACAUAUCAUGAGGUAACAAACUACCUUCAAGACAUUGCUCCCGAUCUUUGUAACCGGGUUGAGCUACAUGGUAGAAGGACGCCUCUCUUUGAUGAAUUCUGCAUUGAAGAAGAGAUCAAUCACAUCCUCAGCAAAAGAGUUCCAUUAGCAAAUGGUGGCUCCCUGGUAAUUGAACAAACAGAGGCUUUAGUGUCUAUUGAUGUGAAUGGCGGACAUGUGAUGUUUGGUCAAGGGACUUCACAAGAGAAGGCUAUUUUAGAUGUCAAUCUUGCAGCUGCCAAACAAAUUGCAAGGGAGCUGCGGCUUAGAGACAUUGGUGGUAUCAUUGUGGUAGACUUUAUAGACAUGGAAGAUGAGUCAAACAAGAGGCUAGUCUAUGAAGAAAUGAAGGAAGCUGUGGAGCGAGACCGGUCAACAGUGAAGGUCUCUGAAUUGUCGAAGCACGGACUCAUGGAAAUAACCAGGAAGAGGGUUCGACCGAGUGUGACUUUUAUGAUCAGUGAACCAUGCUCUUGCUGUCAUGCUACUGGAAGAGUUGAAGCUUUAGAGACAUCCUUUUCCAAGAUAGAACAAGAAAUUUGCCGGCAGCUUGUGAUGAUGGAAAUAAAAUCAGACCCGGAAAACCCAAAGACAUGGCCAAAAUUUAUAUUAAGGGUCGACCAGCAUAUGUCUGACUACUUAACUUCAGGGAAAAGGAAAAGACUUGCAAUCUUGAGUAGCUCCCUCAAAGUCUGGCUACUUCUGAAGGUUGCUAGAGGUUUCACAAGGGGAGCAUUUGAAGUGAAACCCUUCACAGACGAGACAGCAAGCAAGAAUCAGCAUCAGAUUGCCAUACAAGUCAUCCGACGAGCUGAAGCCAGAACGAGUAAGUCUGGCAGAAAAGUAACGCUUUUUCCCAUCAAGAAGAACAAGACUACUGGUGGCAGAUGAAGAAGUUUCCUGAGGCAGUAAUAGAGCACAUUCAUGCAG